AUGCAAUCAUUUGCGAACUCAGUAUGGUCGGCUGAUUUCAUCACUGGUUUGAAGAAAUUGGAGACUCAAUCCUUGAAGUCAAUUACAGAAUUACAUGAUUUUAGAAAAUUAGUAUUCAAUUACUUAAAAUACUAUCAUUCAAAUAGUGAGUUUUUAAGUAAAAAUAGUAGGGAUAUACACAAUGGUGAAGUAUUGAAACGAGUUGAUAAGGAUUUGCCAAAUUAUAGUAAAUGCAUUGAAAUUUUUAAAAAUGAAAUGUUGGUUGAGUCAAAUAUUUUACUACAGUUAGCUUCAGCCAUUGAUAAAUUUGUAUUAGAUGAUGUUACUAUGUAUUUAAAACAUCACGAACCCAAAAUUAAAAAAGAAAUCUCUAGAUUAGAAGAAAUCUAUGAUCAAUAUAUUGACUCAAUUGAAAAGCUAAAGAAAUUAAAAAAUAAAUAUUUCGAUCAGUUGAGAUUAAAAGAAUUUGCCGAAACUCAAGGUUCAAAAUAUAAUGAUCCCAUAAAAACACAGCGACAUGAAGAAGAAAUUGAUUAUAGUGAUGAAGAGUCAUAUGCUGAUGAUGAUUUUGAAGAAGAAAAGAUUCAAAAGCAGGAUGUGGAAUUUCAAUUUCCUUUGAAUAUUGGUACAGCUGUUUUUGAAACCGAGCAAGAAUUGCAACAGACCAUAUCUCAAUUGAUGGGCAAAACUCCCACUAUUAAGAGAAAGAUACCUAUACCUGGUUACAAAAUAGACAUAUUUGCAAGUGAAUCAUUAUGUGAUGUCUUGACAAAGUUGAGAAUUAAGGGUUUAAAACCGUCUAGAUCAAAUUUUGAAAAAUUUGGUCAGUCAUUAAUUGACUUAAAACUAAUUACACCUACGAGUAUAUUUCAAAAGAAAUUCAAGAGUGAGGGAGUUUGGUUUGAAUGGUCAGACCUAGCUGACUACAUUUCUCAAAACAUACCAAACGAGCAAUCACCUUCUACACCAAUAAAAAAUUCAUCCGUCAAAUCAAAAGAAAAUACACCAAAUAAAAUUACAUCUCCACAAACAAAAUUCAUUCAAGAUAUGUCCGAGACCUCUACAAAAUUUAGUGCGAUGUUCAAUAGUAUGAGAAGCUCAAUAAUGAAAACAAAUCAUGAUGAAGUAAUAUCGGAUACAUUAGAUCAAUACAAAAAUCUACUAUUGGAAACUCAAGAACUAAAAUAUUUUUUUGAAAUUGGUUAUGAUGAAUUAUCAAAGUAUUUGGAAAAAUUUGAAAAAAUGAAAAUUCAUAUUAUAUAUAAUAGUUCAUCUAAACUAUCAGAAAUAAUAUCAAAAUUUCAUCAUGAUCAAAUUAAAAAAAUUAAUGAAGCUUCUAAAAGUUUAUCAUCUUUGAAAACAAAAGAAAAUUAUGAGUAUGACUUUGCAUUAAAAUUGGAGUCAGUGAGCUCGGGGAUUUAUGUAGCUCUAACAAGCGAUAAUGAACUACCUCAAACUUUGAUCAAUCAAUUUAACAUCUAUAAUGAUAUACCAUUGCAAGUAUUGAAAUAUCAAUUAAACGAUGGAGAAGAUGAUGAUGUUUUAAGUAUAGCAUCUGUCCCAGUAUUACUUUACAGCUUAAUUCAAAUAUUAGAUGACAAGGGCUCUGAUUUAAAACUAGCGUGGUUGCAACCAUUAAAUUUUCAAUCAGCAUGGACAAUAAAACAAGAGCUAACACAAAUAGUUGCAGAUCAUGUUCCAAAUGAGCUAGAUGUUUUGGCUGGUACUGCUAAUCUUCAAGAGUCUUUCAUAAACGAAGUUUUGGAACAUUUCCAAAAGAAAAAAAUUGAUGAGAUUGUAAACUUUCUUAAAUCAUGGUUACUAGAAAUUAAAGAUUCAAUUAUCCCCUUUAUGGUUUAUGAUUUAAUUUUAAAGAGUUAUAAAGAUGGCUCGAAAUCAAGUGAAGAUAUAAUAAAACAUCUUUCGUCUAUACCGAGAAGUAAUUUGGCUUCCUUACUUUGCAUCUUGGAGCACAUUUGUGACGUUUUUGAAUUAGGUAAGUUUCUCGGGUAUGGGUUGUCAGAUGAUUUGAAUGAGAAAUUAAACGAAGAAGAAAAAUCAAUAGAGCUGGUCUCUGAAGAAUUAAAUCUGAUGAAUAAAAUUGGAUCAUUGCCUUUUGUGCAUAUAAUAAUGAGACCUCCGCCAACCAAAAAAUCAACAGGGUUUAAACCACCUAUAGAGGAAUAUAAUAUUAUUUUAAAAGAUUUGUUGAAACUACUGUCGAGGAAACAGUUGUUCAAUACGUUGAUUGAACACGAAGUGAAUUAUAGGAAGAAGAAAGAAGCUGAAAGAAAAACUGGUAUUCCAACCAAAAAAUUAACUUUCCCAUCUCCAAGUUCAAAACAAUUGUCUCCACCACCUGAAAAAAUUCAAGUUACAGUCACUGCUGGGGAUGACGAAUUAAAAGACUCAAUUUCAACGCCAAAUUCGAAAGCAUUGAAACAGGAAAAACAUGACUUGAAGACACCAAAACCAUUAAGCGCUGAUACAUUUUCUUUAAGACCUUUCAAAACAAAAUCAACUCCAAUUCCAUCGCCACAAGGUUCACCAAAACAUCAACAAAAAGAGUUUAGUGAAGAAAUAAAAAACAGACCAAGAAGUGCAAGUAAUCGAGGGCCAAUGUUAGAUGUUAAAUUUGAACAGUCUAAUUAA